AUCAAACCGAGUCUCACACUCUCACUUCACAUGGAUUUCACUUAGGCUGACUAUUUAGCUAAACAUCGAACUCCAAUCUCUCUCUCUCUCUCUCUCUCUCUCUCUCUCUGUUUUUCUGUGCAAAAAAGGAAUGGCUAUCGCAGGCUCAUUCUCUCUCCUCUCAUCUUCUUCUCUGUCUCAGAAACACUGUAACUCCUCAAUCCCCACCUCCUCCUCUUCCACUCUCUUCUCUCCCUUCGCUCGCUUCAACCUCCCACCCAGAAUUCCGCUGCUCCGGUGCCAAUGCGGCCGCGACGCCGUCUUGACUCUUCCCUCUGUCGGCGACGAUUUGCCUCUUGACUACGGCGAUCGUUUCCCUCAGCCGGAUCCCGCCGAUUGCAGAAGAGCCGGCGUGCUGCUUCAUCCGACGUCGUUUCGCGGACCUUACGGGAUUGGUGAUUUCGGUGACGAGGCCUUUCGUUUCAUCGAUUGGCUUCAUGAAGCUGGUUGUUCUGUUUGGCAGGUUCUUCCCCUUGUUCCUCCUGGGAGGAAGGCUAAUGAAGAAGGAUCCCCCUAUUCAGGCCAGGAUGCAAAUUGUGGUAACACUCUCUUGAUAUCUCUUGACGAGCUUGUUAAGGAUGGUUUGUUGAAAAAGGAGGAGCUACCAAAACCAGUUGAUGCCGAUCGUGUGAACUUCUCAAAAGUAGCUGAGAUAAAAGAUCCUUUGAUAGUUAAGGCUGCAGAGAGGCUUAUUAGGAGCAAAGGUGAACUAAAAAGUCAGCUUGAAGAAUUUCGUACUGAUCCUAAUAUAUCAAGCUGGCUUGAGGAUGCAGCUUAUUUUGCUGCAAUAGAUAGCAGUUUAAAUACUUUGAAUUGGUAUGAAUGGCCUGAACCUUUAAAAAAUCGCCACCUCGAAGCUUUAGAGGGCAUUUACCAAAGCAAAAAGGAUUUUAUAGACAUAUUCAUUGCCCAGCAAUUCAUAUUCCAAAGGCAAUGGCAGAAAGUACGCCAGUAUGCACAAAGUAAGGGAAUUAGUAUAAUGGGAGACAUGCCCAUCUAUGUAGGUUAUCACAGUGCAGAUGUAUGGGCCAACAAAAAACACUUUUUGCUAAACAGAAAGGGCUUUCCUCUUCUAGUUAGUGGUGUUCCUCCUGAUGCCUUCAGUGAUACUGGUCAGCUGUGGGACAGCCCUCUAUAUGAUUGGAAAGCCAUGGAGGAAGAUGGAUUUUCAUGGUGGAUACGGCGCAUACAACGUGCACAGAAUCUGUAUGAUGAAUUUAGAAUAGACCACUUUAGAGGAUUUGCUGGAUUUUGGGCUGUUCCUUCAGAAUCGAAAGUUGCGAUGGUUGGACGAUGGAAGGCUGGACCUGGAAAAUCCUUGUUUGAUGCCAUCUCCAGAGCAGUUGGGAAGAUUAAUAUUAUAGCCGAAGAUUUGGGGGUUAUAACUGAGGAUGUAAUUCAGCUUCGGAGAUCCAUUGGGGCUCCUGGAAUGGCUGUGCUACAGUUUGGUUUUGGGAGCGAUGCUGCCAACCCUCAUCUACCUCAUAAUCAUGAAUCCAAUCAAGUUGUGUACACUGGAACGCAUGAUAAUGACACAAUCCUAGGUUGGUGGGAUGUUUUGAAACAGGAAGAGAAAUCCAAUGUACUGAAAUAUCUUUCAAUUACCAAUGAAGAUGAUAUAUCAUGGGCACUCAUCCGAAGUGUUCUAUCUUCUGUGGCCCGAACUGCUAUAAUACCUAUGCAAGAUGUUCUUAAGCUAGGGAGUUCUGCAAGGAUGAACAUUCCUGCAACUCAGUUUGGAAAUUGGGGUUGGAGGAUACCAGAUUCCACUAGCUUUGACAAAUUGGAGGCAGAAGCUUUGAAACUGAGGGAGAUUUUGUCAACGUAUGGACGACUGUAAAUUAAAGAUGGUGAGAUUUGUUUUCCACGAGUGACAACGGGGCAUGAAUUUCUGGCAAAUUGGCCAUUUUGUUGUAAAAAAAGUAAACAAGAAUGUGUAGGAUCUUAAUAAAAUUACUUGUUUAACUUAUAUCAAGUAAUUGAACGUGUAACUAUUUCUAUUAAAUAAGGUGAUAGUUAUCUUUUGUUUA